AUGCCUCAAGUGCCGUUAUGGGAAUCGGAGGAAAUGUAUAAGAGGUCUUUCCGGGCACUUAUAGACAACUCCAACAUCAGACAAUCAGCUUUACUUCACUUGAAUCAAGACGCUGCUGCUGAAGCUCUGAAGAAAGUUAUAGACACAGUUGACCCGAGCGAGCCCCUUAAAAUUUUGGGAAUUGGUAGCGGCCCGGGUGAUAAGGAUUUGCUAAUUUUACCAACUAUAGGGGAAUAUUUUACGUCGAAAAAGGGCAAGAAGCCUGCACUCCAGAAUGUGAUCGUUGAACCAAGUUCCUGUCUCCUCAAUGAAUUCAAGGCGAAGGUUUCUUCGUUGCCGCCAUUGUUACAACAGAUUACCGAGAGUAUCUCGUUUGAAUGGCACCAGAAAACAUUUCGUGAAUUCCACGAGGAAACUGCUGAAAAGAAUCGUUUUCAGCUCAUUCACUUUUACCACAGCAUUUAUUACUUGGAUGUGGAAUACGCGCUGCGAUCCUGUUUCGAAGAGCAUCUGACAACCGACAGUGGGGUAAUAUUGUGUCUGGUUCAAGCUGAGGAUUCAUACUUUGCCCUGGUGAGCCACAAAUUUAAGGGAAAACUGAGUUGUGGUUCAGAGGACAUGGCCUUCCGCACGGAUCAGGAGCUUGUUGCUAUUGCUGAGAAACACGGAUGGAAGUACUCCGUUCCCCUCAAGGAACAGUUUGAGAUCAACGUGACCAGCUGCCUUGCCGAGGAGCCAACUGAAAGAGGUGACUUGUUGAUUGACUUUUUGACUCAACAGCAAAAUUUCCGGGCGACUGCCGAGCCAGAUUUGUAUCACAGUGUGAUUGAGUUUAUCGGUUCAUUGACUUUUAUCAAAGAAAACGGCGACAAGUUUGUGCAAGGACGCAGUGCCGCAGUAUUAAUCUACAAGUGA